GUUUCCGUUUCCGGUGUAAGGGUGGUGGUGGUGGUGGAGGGAGAAGCGAAAGGGAGACGUGAGGCGGGCUGGGGCCGACCGCUGAGGAGAGCUCGACGGAGAGACCGAGCGAGGGAGAGGCUCGGCAGGCCCCGAACCAUGAGGCGGCGGCGGUGGCCUGAGGGGGAGGAGCAGCCCUGAGGGGGAGCCGCGCCAGGCCAGGCCACGCUAGGCCGAAAGCCCAGGAGGAGGGAAAGAGGAAGGGGCAGGCCGGGCCCAGCCAUGGACAAUCAGUGCACAGUCCAGGUGAAGCUGGAGUUGGGGCACCGCGCCCAGCUGCGAAAGAAGCCCACCACCGAGGGGUUCACUCAUGACUGGAUGGUGUUUGUGCGUGGCCCCGAACAGUUCGAGAUCCAGCACUUUGUGGAGAGGGUCGUCUUCCGGCUGCAUCAGAGCUUCCCUAAACCGAAACGUGUCUGCAAAGAGCCUCCUUAUAAAGUGGAGGAGUCUGGGUAUGCCGGCUUCAUUAUGCCCAUUGAAGUCCACUUCAAAAAUAAGGAGGAACCGAAGAAAGUUUGCUUCACCUACGACCUUUUCUUGAACCUGGAGGGGAAUCCGCCUGUCAACCACCUGCGCUGCGAGAAGCUGACCUUCAACAACCCCACCAAGGAAUUCCGCCGAAAAUUAAUUAAGGCUGGGGGGGUGAUGGUCAUGCCGGAAGGUGCAGAAACUGUGUCCAGACCCAGUCCUGACUACCCCAUGUUACCCACAAUACCACUCUCUGCCUUCUCUGAUCCCAAGAAGACCAAACCGUCCCACGGGUCAAAGGAGGCAAACAAAGAUGGCAGCAAAGCUUCCAAGCCCCACAAGGUCACCCGUGAGCAUCGCGAGAGGCCCCGGAAAGACUCGGAGAGCAAAAACGCCUCCUCCAGGGACCUCGAGAGGGAGCCAAGCAAACCCGCGAAGGACUCCUCCCGGAAGCCCGCCGAGAACAAGACGCCCAAGGAGGAGAAGCCCCUCCCGAAAGCUGCUUUCAAGGAGCCCAAGCUGGCCCUGAAGGAGCCCAAGCUGGAGAACACCUCCCCGAAGGGCGGCCCUCCGCCCCCCGAGGCAAAGCCUGCCAGCAAGAGGCCCUGCGCAGUGGAGUCUCCCAAGCCCAGCGCAAAGAAGCCAAAGAAGAACAGCUCCAAAGGGGCCAAGACCGCCCCGGCAACGUCCCCCCGGACCUCAUCCCACGCCGAGAAGAAGCCGGCCAAGGAGAAGCCUGGCGCCAAGGCGGAGAAGGUGAAGCCAGAAAGCGAAGCCAAGGCCGUCAAGAAGCCCCCGGAGGUGGCGGUGGCAGAGGAGUCCAACUCGGAGGAGGACGCGUCUUUGAAAUCAGAGUCUGCCCCAUCCAGCCCUUCCGACUCCAGCUCCAGCUCCGACUCCAGUUCAGACUCUGAUUUCGAGCCGUCUCAGAACCACAGCCAAGGGCCGCUGCGUUCCAUGGUCGAGGACCUCCAGUCGGAAGAAUCUGACGAUGAUGACAGCUCCUCUGGGGAAGAGGCGGCGAUCAAGGCAACCCCUGUCAGCAGGGAUGCCAGGCUCAGCCACAGCGACAGCGAUAGCGACAACAGCACGGACUCCUGCCUUCCCAGUCGGGAGCCUCCUCCCAGCCAGAAACUGCCCCCUCCUAACAACAAGGUCACUGGGAGGAAGAGCCCAGAGUCGUGCAGCAAGCCAGAAAAGAUUCUGAAGAAAGGGACCUAUGACAAGGCCUACACUGACGAACUGGUGGAGCUCCAUCGGAGGCUGAUGGCUUUACGGGAGCGGAACGUGCUUCAGCAGAUUGUAAAUCUCAUUGAGGAAACUGGACAUUUCAACGUCACCAACACCACCUUCGACUUCGACCUGUUCUCCUUGGACGAGACGACCGUCCGCAAGCUGCAGAGCUACUUGGAGGCCGUGGCCACGUGACCCUUGGCUCUGAAGCAGGACACUCUUUUUUGAAACCAGAACCCCCAUCUCUACGGUACCGGGAAAUGGACUUGCGGACCUUGGCCACCGCCUUAUCCUCUCGGUUCCCCUGAAGCACUGUCUUAGGGAUCAGCCACGCUCUAGGAACACGCUGCUGCCGCCGCUACUAGCUACUGCGCUUCUCUUCUUGGGCUUCAGCCGAGCGCUCGCCCCUGGCGAAACUGCCCUCCCUUGCUUCAGAAGCUUUCUCGGAGCCGGUAGAGUGAAAACGACGCUGGUCCUAGCCUCGCCACUGCACCCUUCUUGGUUGUCCGGUUGUUGCUUUCACAAUUCCACCUUCUUACAUUUUAGAACGAGACGCUUGACGUGUGUGUGUUUUUAAAAAGAAUGCACUUCUUUUGAGGCAUCCUCUCCAGCUCGGGAUAAAGUUCAGUUGCUAUUUCCGCAGAACCUACAGACAUUAGCAGGCUUGCCUGCAGUGUGUGAGGCUUACCCCCCACCCACCCCCAGGUUACACGGAAAGAUGCUCACACCGCAUCAGAGUAGGCAUUGAGGCAGCCGGAUCAGGUGAUUUGCCCAGAGAUAUCCACCCUGUUUGGGGCAUGGUGGUUCCGGCGGGUGAGUGGAAUACUGUGGAGUUGGUCCACAUCCUGGGUGCAGCAACGCCAGGGGCCUGAACUCCUUCUGGCGUGUGUGGGAAGGUUUCUGAAACGUGACUUGCGCUCCCUGAAGGCACUUGCCGUCUCGCACUUGAGGCUAUAGAUGUGGGGGGGCUGGAUCCAGUUCCUCAAAAGAAACCCCCAGUUUUGAUCUGCUUUAACUGUAAGGACCACAUUAUUGUACGCUGUCUAUUUUAUAUAUAUAUAUAUAUAUAUAUAUUAUAUAUAUGUAUGGUGUACGAAGGGCCUAAUUGGGUCUUGAAGUCUCAAAAGAGAUGGGUGGGGGGCAUUGAUUACUUUUUGUUCUGUUUUUUAAAAAAAAAAAAAGAAAUUGCAGUGGCAGAUUUGGGGGGUAAAGUACAGUUUGACCUGUUUUAGCAUCUGGCAGCCAAGCAAACAUCCUUGACACCUUUUGGUGUUCUGUUCUCUGAAAAGGGACCGAUCUGUGUAUCUUCCCCCCUCCUUCAUCUUCUUCACCGUCAGUGUUUGAAUCGCUUUUUGCCAAAAUGCAUUCCCUCGCUGUUUUGUUAGAGAAACGCCCCCCAGUCAGUCUCUGGUGGCAGGGAAGAGAUUAGCAGAUUCACAGGAGUAUCUCUUGUGUGUUUGUCUUUCUCCUUUACUUUGUUACAAACAAAAAGGAAAACACUUGCAACGUCACAAGGUUUUGAAAACAAACUUUGGUAGGUGCCGGAUGACACUAACUGGAAUAUUUGUAAAUAUUCUGUGCUUGGCUAAGCCUUGAUGCGUUGGGUGUAUCGAGCGUGGAGGGGAGAGGCCCUCAGGUAUGCACACACACAUUUUAGAGGCGCAGCUCAUCUUCCAAGUCUUAAUCUUUUGCCAAAUCUUACGCGGCUGCUGAUGGUGGAUGAGUCGCCAUGUGCCUGUUGAGGCGGAAGGGGGUGGGUUAGAGCCUCUGCCAUGAGCCCUCUUAGGAGGCCUAAAGGGAGUGCUUGGGGGUGGGGGCUUCGUGGCUGGUGUGCUGAGUAACAGUAGUUGUUUUUUGGGGGGCGACUGUUGUUUUAGUCCCUUCUUCAUGGUUCUCAACCCCCUUUUUUAUCAUGUAAAAGUUACAAUGAAAAUGUCCAGUGUGGCAAUAAUAAGCUGAUCUGGGUUAGGUCAUGUUGACCCCAAAUCCUGUUUCAAUCUUCUCUCUCUCUCUCUCUCUCUCUCUCUCUCUGUGUGUGUGUGUGUGUCUACCAUCGGUUGUUUGUCUUCAGAUAUAAAAUGCCAAGUUCCAGGGCUUCUUUGCCCUGUUGCAGUGACUCAGCUGCAACACUUCUCGAUCUGGCCGAUGAUUCCAAGCCUCAGAAAUUGGGAAAUUCCCAGAGAGGCUCUGCUGUGCCAACAGAAAACAGAGGGCAGCCAAGCACUUUGCUGUGUCUGCUGAAACACUUCCCCUCUCAACCUCACAGGGGCAUUGCUAAUUGGGGGGGGGUGUCCACUCAUGAGGUGCAGACCCCCCCCCAGUUAUUUUUCUGAGUGCUCCACGUGGUUUCUGGGCAGCUAAUGAAUUUGAGAGGGAGGUGAUCUGGGUGACAGAAGGUUAUUUGGAGAGAAUAAAUUAAGUUAAAGGUAACUUUUAUCUGGAAAUGGUUUGGGGACAACGAGUGGGGGAACUGAAAGGAGAUUGAGUUGACUUGGAGCAGGAUCUGUUGGGAGAGGAUGAAUGGGGGUGAAGGGAUUGAUGGGAAACUGAUUUGGGGUGGGGUGCAAAUUAGCUGAAAUAAUUUAUAAUUGGGGUGUGGGAACCUAGUCAGCUUGCCUUCUCUGACGCUGGUAUUCUGAAUUUGCAUGUGUGUAUGUAUAUAUGUGUAUAAAUUAACAUAUCCCCCCUCACAUUUUUUUAAGUACCCCGCAGCGCCCUCGGAGCUCACCAAUGCCUCCGCCUUCUUCCGGUUGAGCGCUGAAGCCACGCAGCCUCAAGAUGAGGCCCUCAGUGUAAGCAUUCAAACAGUGACCAAAUUCUCCCCCCCACCACUAUAAAAAGGAGACUGUCAGGUUGCCUCCUUCCAAAGCAAAGCGUGAGUUUUCCCAACCCCCUUUUCCCGCGCAGCCCUCCCCAGCUUCCAAACCCCUCAGUUGAUGCCGCCUUGUCCCAAGCGUUGCCCGUCUUUGGGUUUGGAAGUUGCUUUGAGGACACAAGGCACCCCAGGGAGGGUGAAGCCGCGUUUGCCUCCAGGGCAGUGUCCCUACACAUCGCUGCAUUUGGGGGGGGGCUCUGUUUGAUCACAGCGGCCUCCACCCACCCCAAACUUCAGUAUUAUUAUGCUCGUGUUUGGGAGGGGCGGUUGCGCAGGGGAGAGUGAACAUUUGUAAGAAACUUUUUCCCACUAUUUUAAAAAAAAAAGUAUUUUGUAGAUUUUAAGAAUGUCCCCAGCUUUCUCUUGCUCCAUUGGUGCCUCAAUGGCAGAUCCCCCCCAGUGGCUGUUUUGGUCACCAAAGGCUUCCUCCUAAUCCUAUUUUUCUUCUCCGCCCCUCCAUAUCCUUUUUUUAAAAAAAAAAAUCCCCAAAGCCUUUGAGGCUUUCCAGUUGGGCUGGAGCCCAAACGCUGGUUGAUCAGACUUGGGGGCUUUGUGACUGUGCUGUUCCCCUCCCCGUUCCCCUUCCAGUCUGUUGUAGAUUCUCUUAGGUCAGCUGCUGUGUUUGUGGGUCCAUCGUGGUGUUCUUGUGUGUGUGUCUCCCUCGAGUGAAACCAUCCAUGGGUAGCUGGAAGGGCCUCCCUGGCUCUCUCCGGCUUCUGAAAAAUGGCCCUAAAAGUAAAGAAUGAGGUGUCUUUUCAAAUGGAUAUUGUCUUUUUAUGAUCUCUCUCUGCCCUUACCUCCUUUAUCCCUUGAAACUGACAGAACUCUUCCUCUGUUACCUUCAUUUUUCCUCUGGGUUAAAGGGCAUGACUGGGGAACCCUGAACCUGGGCUAUGGUUUUUUUCUUUUCUUUUUUGGUUGGGCCAGUCUUGCCCCUCUCCCCCUAAAACUUUGUAUGGAACUUGAGAAAAAGUAGCUGAUUCCUUCUCUUCAUUUUGGCCCAAUGGUGUUAAGUAGAUGUGAAAUAUUAGGAGUUUUAAAGCUGCGGGAUUGUUGGGGGGUGGGGCAGGGGAGGGAGGCCAUGUUUAAAGUAGAUGAGAAAUUUUUAGAAACUUGAAAGCUCUUUUUUCCCUGUUCUUAUUUUUGUGUCUUUAAAGAGGAAUAUGGGGGGUGGGGGAUCAAAAUACAUACAAUGCUGCCACUUGAGAGUGUGGAGCGAUUUGGGUACAUCUUGGCACACACAAAAUGGUACCGCUGUAAGCAUGAAUUCUUUCAGUUUUCCACUUAAUUAUUACAGAUAUACUCAGUGUUAUGUGUGGAACAGCAGCUCCGGAAUAUGUAAUUCAGGCAUACAAAUUGCUGCCUCAGAAAUUGGUGGAUUCCCAGAGAGGCUCUGCUGUGCCAACAGAAAAGAAAACAGGGCAACCGAAGAGUUUGCUGUUUGCUGAAACACUUCCCCUUUGAGAUGUCUCGUCCGCUGUGGCAGGGUAGGGUAGACAGGGCAACGUUAUAAUCUGGAGAUUGUUAAACUGUCUAUGUGUCACUAAGAUUUAACAGGCAGGCAUGGGGAGGCGGGACACUUUCCAAAACACGCAUGGAACAGUGUGGACUGGCAACUUACAGGCUUCUUUCUCGGAUCCAGAAGUACACUUGCGAGCGAUGGCACGGCUAGUGUGGCCCAAGAGAGAGGAGGUAGCCCCCCAGUGAUACUGAGCUUUGGAGGUGCUCAGAAAGCUGGGAGACAGUGAGGUAUCGCUGAGCGCCUUAGAGCCUCAGUGCGAUGUCAGAGAAGCCCCUGCUUGUCCGUGAUUUGAGGGAGGAGCAGCCCUUGCCUCUUGUCAGGCCCUGGGAGCCACGCAUUCUCACCUGGCUGCUUACCAAGGCCAGUUGAAAUAAGUGGACUGUACUCUCACCGCUGCGCUUUUAUUUGCCAGACUGAUCUAAGCAUACCCUUUUUAAAAAAAAAAAUUCUUUGCCACUUUACAGAUAGGAUUUUAAAAAUGAAACUGAUCUGAUUGGCCAUGUGUGAUUAAACCCGAAUGGCAGUUUGAUUAUUUCGACCAAGGAAUAGUAGAAAUGGAAGGUUUUCUUUCUAGUGGGAAAGGAUAGGUGUGAACACCCUUUUUUAUGCAGCAAACAUUGAUUUCAGCUUUUUUUUGUUAAGUUCCUUCAAGUCGAUUACGACUUAUGGCGACCCCAUGAAUCAGCGACCUCCAACAGCAUCUGUUGUGAACCACCCUGUUCAGAUAUUGCAAGUUCAGGUGUGUGGCUUCCUUUAUGAAAUCGCCCAUUUCUUGUUUGGCCUUCCUCCUUUUCUACUUCCUUCUGUUUUUCCCAGCAUUAUUGUCUUUACUAGUGAAUCAUGUCUUCUCAUUAUGUGUCCAAAGUAUGAUAACCUCAAUUUCAUCAUUUUAGCUUCUAGUGAUAGUUCUGGUUUAAUUUGUUCUAACACCCAGUUAUUUGUCUUUUCAUGGUCCGUGGUAUCCACAAGGCUCUUCUCCAACACCACAUUUAAAAUGAGUUGAUUUUUCUCUUACCCACUUUUUUCACUGUCCAACUUUCACAGAACAAAUAUUUCACAAGGGUUUGGUUCCCCUCAAAUUUCCCUCCCCCCCUCCCCAAUUUCAGGCAGCAUGGAAGGAUUUGUGCUCCAAAUUUGGCUGGGUUUUCCCUCAGGCAAUUCCUGUCCCUGGUGCUCAGCAGAGAUUUGGAUGAGUUCCAUGUGCUGUACAAGUGUCUUACAGGAAGGGUUUGGUCCAGAAGAGUCUUGGAACUACCGUAACUUGGGUGCAGAGAGGCGCAGCUGUUCAGCUACCACCUUGAACUGCUCUGUCCUCUUCCAUCAUGAGCAGUUGUUGAAAAGAGAUCAGUUCAUAGCCCAAGGUGGGGUGAGGCUUGUCUCAAAAACCAUCUCUGCCCUCCAUGCAGCUUGACCCCUUCAUGUUACCCACGGAUAGCACACUUGAAGUCCUCUCCAGUCGGUGUCCACUCUGAUGCUUUUGAAGCACAUCAGCGACUUCAGCAGGAAAGGCUUUAAUUUAGAUUCCUGUGUUGAGCAAGGGGUUGGACUCGAUGGCCUUAUAGGGCCCUUCCAACUCUUUGAUUCUAUGGCUCUUUCGGAGAUGUUUCCUCCCAUAGAAGUAGGAUUUGAAAGGUGUUUUUUCAGAAAUGGUUCUGUUCUUCAAUGCUUUGAGCUCAAAAGUGUUCUGGAGAGAUCUGUCUGUGCAUUCAGCAUCACAUGUUCACUGCCAUUUCGUUAAUGCCAUUAAGGAUGAAAGGUGCUGCUGGUCCCAGAGUUAAUUAAUCUUCCUGAGAUUCUCAGGAAGUUUUGUUCUUUUUCCCCCAGAAAAAGAAAGUUAAAAUAAGCAAAAAUCUAGUCCAUAGUGUUGCCAGUAGGUAGGGCAAUGCCUGGUGAAAUCUAGAACCCAAAGAGCUGGCUAAGAUUUCCAUGGUUGGGGGGAAGGGUUUGCAUAUCUCUGUGCCCAACCCCUCAUGAUUAGCAAUACCAGAAAAUUAUGCAAACAAAAAUUGCUUAUAAUGUAUACCGGUUGCAGUAUUUGGAUUUUUUCCUGUUUUAUUGUGAAGUGCGCAUGACCGAGAUCACACUCCUUGAACAGUCAUAAUACUUAUUGAGUCUUAAUUGGCCUGGGGUGGGGAGUGGGGGUCAUGAGUGUGUCAAGGCCUUCGGAACAAAAAGAGAGGGGAAUUUUGCACUCUUGAAGGAGGUGGACGAGUACUUAAUCCUCUUGCUGGUGUGUAAUUUACUUUUUUUGUUUAGGCUGUCUACUGAUGGAACCACAGGUAUUAAAUACCUGGUCUAUGUAUUGAGGAUAUUACAAGUACUGGGAGGGAGGGGGAUUUCUUUGCUCAGAUGUAAGAAAUAAAA